AUGGAGAAUCUAGAUUUUGAGGCUUCCUCCACGUUGUCCGGGGCCACCGACGGCUUCUUCGAUGCAACAGAAACGUCCUCGGAGUACGAGACCUUCCAUAAGCCGCUGGUGCUCAGGUUCUUCCACGUGUUGCGCAAGCCCGAGGAGAAAAAGGGCGAGUUGGCUGAACGGUCAGAGGAGGUCGAAGAGGCCGAGCAAUCGGAGGGGCCCUGGGUGUCCAAGGAGCCCUAUAUGUUCAAGAGGCCAUGGGCGUCCGAGGGGCCGUGGGAAUCCGAGGAUCCUGGGGAGUCUGAGGUGCUUGGAGAUUAUAGGGAAUCUGAGACGGAGGAGCCAGGUGAAGGCGAGUCGGAAGAGUUAGAGACCAGUGAGCUGGACCAGACCAGCGAGGCUCAGGUGCCUUACAGGGUCUAUGAGCUGCACAAGCCUCAGGAGACCCAGAAGCUCAACGAUGCCCCUUUACUUCCCGGUGCAGUGACUAUCGCCCCGCCUGUGAACACUAGGGCUCAGUCACCGGUUCGGCAGUCAUCCGAGUCGUCCGGUAGGUGUUGGGGCCCUUCCCUGUCCAGAACCCGAGAACCUAAAGGUGAAAGGUUGCAGCAGAGAGCUCAGACGGUGCCAAAGAAAGCAGAUUCUGUUUCUAAUAAAAUUACAAGGAAAUGUUUUUUCUCCAGGAAAAGAAUCCAUGAUCUUUCUAGACCUAAGAAACAAUGGGGAACUCCAGACAGAAGACUGAUUUGGGGAAAUCAAGAUCCUAUUCGCCCUGUUUCCCAGAAUGUUUUGAAAACUCAUCUGACCAGACGAAUGGAGUGCCUUGCGCAGCCCAGGAGACUGUCCCGCCGAUAUUUACCUAACAGGUUAGCAUUUUACAGCUGUGGCAGAGAGUCUGGAAUCUGGGAGAUCCCUUCUUCUUCACUGUUUUGCCAACCCUCCAAAAGACUUCAGAAGUUAUCACAGCCCAGGAAGUACCAGGAAGACGACGAUCUAAGAAAUAGGUCCUUAAGUGAUAGAGUAGGAGAUUCUCUUAAAAUCCCUGAGGCAUCUUCCCGGAUAUUACGACUUUCUGUAGCCAAGAGCACAGAUCAACACUAUCUUCCUCCAAGAAAAAUUGGAACGAAUAUUUCAUAUCCUGCUCUGAAUGCUAUUGCCAGCCCAAGAAUUGUUGACCUUGCUCAUCCAAGGAUCAAGCUAGAGGGUCUGUGCUAUGAGAGAGAAAGAAGUGAAGUGCCUAUCCGCCCUAUAACCACUGCUGCCAUGCAAGCUACAGCUAGUCCUCGAAUAACAGCUCUAGCUAAGGGCAAGUCUCUUCCCGAAGACUAUUUACCAGCCCGUGAUGUCUACUGGCCAGUAUCUUAUGCUGCCACCCAUUCCAAACUUUCUUCCAGAAUUCGGGAGCUAGCCAACCCAAAUUCGAGAUCUGUGCCUGUCGUAUAUUACGAUCCAGAGGUAUUUAAAGUCAAGCCGGCUGCUCUGAAGGCAAAAUGUUCUGCCAGGAUCCAACAGUUGGCACUACCUGUGAGGCGUUAA